CAUUCAAAACAACCGGGAUAUUUGCAAGUCGCAAUACGAUAUUCCAACCUCUUCAUUCCCAACUGCCCCAAUCUUCCCCCGUUAACACCUUCCAUCCAUACAAUCAACAUCAACAUCGUCAUUGAAAGAUCAACAUGUCCGAGAAGGUCAAAGAAACCGCGCGCGAGGAAGUGGAGAAGCUCAGAGCACUCACUGUUGAUGCCGCUCGCUCAACAGCCUAUCUCUACCCACUCAAGGGUAUCGCUUAUUUCUUCACCCACCGCUCAUUAUGGAAGCCCCUCACAGCCAAACUCGCACCCACUAUGACCCUCGGCGUCGGCGUGACGACGUUCAUGUUCGCCGUGACAUACCUUCCUCAAGCCGCCUUUCUCGCCAUAUUCAACGGCCCUCUGGCUGCCCUGACAAGCAUCCUCCUCGUACUUAGUGAGAGCUCGACCAUAUUCACUGUACUUUCUAAGAACUUCUUCAUCGAAGAAGCGUUGCUAGACACAUUUGACGGCACUCUUCUUACCCGUAGCCAGACAGAGCUCGUAUCGCAGGGCCGCGAUGUCAAGGCUGGAUCUGACCCUAUUGGCAAGCUCGGCAAGCUGGCCAAGAAGCCGUUUGCACGUUUUGCGCCCAAGGCCAUCAUUCGGUACUUCAUGUACCUGCCGCUCAACUUCAUCCCUGUCAUUGGCACAGCGCUAUUCAUCAUCCUUCAGGGCCGUCGUACAGGACCGGUGGCGCACACGAGAUACUUCCAGCUCAAGGGUAUGAGCGCUAGCCAGAAGGAUAAAUAUGUUGAAGAUAGGAAGGCUGCAUAUACCAGCUUCGGUGUUGUUGCCACUCUACUGGAGAUGGUUCCAUUCGCGGGGAUUUUCUUCUCGUUCACGAACACUGUUGGAGCCGCGCUUUGGGCAGCUGAUCUGGAACAAAGGUCGAACACUGCACCGAGUUUGAGAGCGCAAGCUGCGGCUGCUGAGGGACAAAGCACUGGUGUGCAGCGCUGAGCCUGGGAUUAUGACACGCGUACUUUCAGGGUUUCACCUUAGGUGCAGCAUCAAGAGUAGUAUUGAUCCGGCAGGAUGAUAAGGAGCAUUUGCGCGUGAGACAAGGUUCGUGAUUCUGGGCAAGCAUGGAUUGUAAGCAUGCGUGCAGACUGGGUUACUAUUAACGGUAAAGACAUUUAAAGAGUGCGGAACUGUCAGACUUCGAGCAGAGGGGCGGAAGAAGCAUGUAGAUUGGUUACUGCUAAGAGCAGACUACAUACACACGUCGCAACAAUACUACUCAUUGCACGGACAAGUCACGAGGUCUACCUUUGUCGUCGGAUUGACAGGGAGCACAAGUAAUUAGGAUUCAUUAGUGAAGUUGAAAAAGUGACGAGCAUGU